UCACUUCAAGCCCUCCAAUGAGGAGAACAGCCCUCGGCGGGCGGGGCGUAACACGGAAGUGAUCCCGGAGGCACAUGUUGAAGAUGAGUCCGGAGGGGAAGAGGCGGAAGCUCCAGGAAGAAAACCAAGAACCGGUCUCCGCUCACAAUGAUCCAGUCUCCACCCACAAUGAUCCAGUCUCCACCCACCAUGGUCCUGUCUCCGCCCACAAGGAACUGCUCUCUUCCUUCCUGGCUUGGUGUGGAGAAUCUGGAAUCCACCUGAACCCGAAGGUGUCCAUCGGCAUGGAGGGGACAGUGGCGCAGUACGGGAUGCUGGCCCGCCAGGAUAUUCCAGCUGGAGAAGUUGUGUUUACCAUCCCCCGCUCUGCUCUGUUGUCGCAACACACAACUCGGAUCCGGGAAAUGCUGGAGGAAGAACAGCAGAGUCUGGACAGCACAUCCGGCUGGGUUCCCCUCAUCCUCUCCCUCAUGUAUGAAGCCACAGACGCCGGCUCACCAUGGGCGCCAUACUUUGGGCUGUGGCCCCGGCUGGUUCCUCCUGACCUCCCCAUGUUUUGGUCGGAGAAGGAGCGGGCGGAGCUUCUGGAGGGCACCGGGGUGCCGGACGCAGUCAGUAAAGAUCUAGAUAAUAUUGAGCAGGAAUAUAAGACAAUCGUCCUUCCCUUCAUCCUGAGACAUCCAGAGAAGUUCGAUCCCCAGACUCACACACUGGACCUCUACAUGAGGCUGGUGGCCUUUGUCAUGGCCUACAGUUUCCAGGAGCCGAUGGAGGAUGAAGAUGAUUGUGAGAAGGAGGUCCCUCCUCCAAUGAUGGUUCCCGUGGCGGACUUGCUGAAUCACGUUGCGCGGCACAAUACGCACUUGGAGUUCGCGCCGGACUGUCUGCGAAUGGUGACCACGCAGUCGGUUCCAGCGGGCCAUGAGCUGUUUAAUACUUACGGCCAGAUGGGGAACUGGCAGCUUCUACACAUGUAUGGCUUCUCUGAGCCACAUCCAGACAAUAUCAAUGACACCGCCGACAUCCAGAUGACAGUUCUGCGGGAAGCUGCGCUGCAAGGUGCAGAGUCAGAGGAGCAGAAGGAAAAGCUGCAAGAGAGGUGGUCCUUCUUGUGCCAUAUGGAGAUGGUGGGGGAAGAAGGAGCAUUUGUCUUCGGCUGUGAGGAGGUGCUGACAGAUGAAGAGCUGAGGACCUCUCUGAAGUUGCUCUGCAUGUCUGCCGAGGAGUUUGCUGAAUACAAGGAAAAUGAUGGCUGGGAAGAGGACGAGGAUAAUGAUGAGGAGGAAGAGACUCUAACCUAUCAGAAAUUGGCAUGUAUGCCAUUGUCCUGGCGCAAACUUCUCCAUGCCAGUGCAGAGCUGACCAUGAAGAGCUACACCACCAAUCUGCGCAGCGACCAAUGUAUCCUAGACGAUCCCGCCGAGUACGCCAAGCUGAGCAGCAGACAGAAGUAUUCUCUCCAAGUGCGCUAUGGACAGAAACAAAUAUUACAGAGGCUGAUGGAACUGACUGCUUGCUGAGCCACCAGUGCAUACUGAGUCCUAGUACUAUAUGUGACGCCACACAAUGAUAAUGAAAAAUGUUCAUCGGAA